GUCUGGGAUAAACCCUGAAAUUCUGCAUUUCUGACAAGCUUCCAGGUGAUGUGAAUGAUACUGGUCCACAGGUCACACUCUGAAUAUUGAGGAUAUAUAGAACAAGGACUGUUCCAUUUAAUAACUUGGCAAUAUGUGAACAAUAGCCAAAUUGAAUGAUGGGAAUUGUGCUAUAGAAGUUGGGAAGGAACUGAGGUGACAUGUUAGACCUUGACGUGAAGUGAAGAUAGAUAUGGUGGACAAAGGAAUGAAAUCCCAAGUUGGAUCCAGUUCUGGUUACCUGAAGAGAGAAGGAGGGCUAUAUCUCUAGAUUUUAUUCCUAUGGAGUUCUUUUCUUACAGAAAGAGAAAUUUCCUUCACGUAUUUGACCCAGUGUCCCUUCUCAGGAUCAUCCACCACUUGGUGGUAAAGGAUACACCUCCAUACUAGGGAGACAUAAGUAGAGGUCUUGGGUUAUCUGGUAUCAUCAAAGCCCCCAUCACCUCAACUAAUGGCACUGGCUACAUGGAGCUCCAUGUAUUUAUAGGAUGAAAUAAUGAAUCUGAAAGGAUCCACGUUUUAUUAGCUGUGAUCCUGAGUGAGUUUGCGUGCAUCAUCCAUACCAAUGUAUCUUGAAUAUUUGCUUCUUUGUACCUUAUGGCAGGACAUUGAAUCUCUCUCCUCAAGAUAUCCAAGUGGGUCUGGUCCUACCUAAGGAGCAUGGGGGUGAUGCCAUAGGCUCCAGACUUUCUUCUUAGAGUGUGGAAAUCAACUCAUGCUAAUGGAUACCUAGGGCAACUCCUCAUCAUAGCCACAGAUUGAUUCUGAAUCCUAGUUUUGACUCAGAGACACCUACUGCACAUUUAGGUGUGGGUGCUUCAUGAUUCCACACUCCUGAAGGAAUGGUUAUGAGGCCAGGACAAGAUGAUAAUGACCUUUCACAUCCCACUGUGCAGUGGGAAUCCCUUGGAACUAUAUACAGUGUGAACAUGAGGGUGUUAGGUUGUGAGAUAAUUUGAUGAGGUAGCACAAAUGUCAAGAGCUAGGAUGAGCUAUUGGUGGUGGUCAAAGCAAAAAGGCUGGUAGAGACAAAUAGGCUGAUCUGGGGUCUGGUGACAGACAUAGAAGACCUAAUUGCUUAGUUGCUUAAAGACUUAGUUGCUACAGGAAGCUGUCGUGUACUGGGGGCUUUGCAUACUCUUCUUUAACCCACACAAUAAUCUAACAAGGUACAAUGCAUUUCAUAUAGUAAUCAUUUGAGGAUCAGAGAUGUGAAAGGACUCUGCCAAGGACACAAGUCUGAAAGUUGCAAAGCCUAAUUGUGAACACACAUCUUUUGAAUAUAAGUCUCUGGCUUUUGAACACAAGUCUCUGGCUUUUGAACACUAAACUACUAUCACAGUGUGGGUUCUCCCUGAGAAACCCUACCAUUGUCCCACCAGAAGCUGGGGAGGCUGGGACAUUUAUCCACGAGCCCUUUCCCCCAUUGGUUGAGGUUGCCGCUGAGAUGAGUACUCUUGAGGUAUGAAGCUGACAGGUGCUGCCAACUGUCACAGUGACAGCGAACUCAAUUGGCCUGAAGGGAUUGGGGCAGAGUAUCAACAGCAUUGCCUCAGCUUUCCUUCAUGUAAGACCUAAUGUGUGUCUGCUAGCUCAGAGCAGUGGAGCAUGUGGGAGCCAGGCUCCCUUUACCACUAAUCCAGGGCAGUGAUCUAGAGUCAGUGAUAGGCAGGGUGUACAAGAGCUGGCUUUGCCCAGGUGAGGCUCCCUUGAGUGGAGAAGCAGCAUGCACACAGACUCUGAAAAGCUGGAGAAGCAUACACUGGGGCAUUUUUACCUGGUCUGAGAUUGGCAGAGAAUAUGGUGACUGUGGACCAGGAGUAGUUGCAAGCUACACAGGUCUUAGGGGACCCACCCCUUCCCUAGUCUAUAUUAAACCUACUAGGGGCUUCCACUCCUAGGAAUAACAUUGCAGUAUGUCAUUUUGUAGCAACAGAAUCCAGUCAUGGGCCCUGGGGCAGUCCCAUAAUGUUUCUUUCCUCAAACUUGGUGUUGAUGACUGUAUUUCCUGGUUAUUGCUCUUAAGGGCUUAGCAUGCCCUACUUUUUCAGGGUGAAUAGACAAGUCAUAGUGAUGCUUGGUUGAUAUUUACAUAAAGACUCACUGAAUCCUCUGGCACCAGGAACCAGCAAAUUUGAGUGUCAGGCAGUCCCAGCCUAAGUGAGGCAGACCCUCCUUCCUUCCCCAUGUGGAUAAAAUGCUUGGGACCUGUUGGAGUCAGUCAGAGCACCUGAGUCCAGAGGAAGCCAUAGUCCAUAAUAACAGAUUACAGGUGCAGCUUGAAGUCACAAAACCUGUUGACCUUUGAUCUUCUCUUGCAUCUGGGUCUCUGGUUUCUCCUGUCUUUUCAGCAAAAGAACUAGGAGUCCUAGACAACUUUCCAGAGCCCUUGGAUGCAGAUAGAACCUUAACUUUGGAUCCAAGGACAAGAGUAUCUCUUGGACAAAGACCAGCUGCUGACAACCUCCUCUGUAUCAUCUGAUCUACCCUGUCCUCUUCACAGGAAGCUCUGAAACCGUCAUGGCUACCCCACAAUCGGUAGAUAGUCCCAGAAUCUUUGGUGUUUAUGAUUCUCAACAAAUGGUAUGGAUCCUGAAAGAAAAUUCAUUAAUAGCAACUCCUUUUAGCAGAAAUGUCAGACCUGUCAGUCUUGAUUUAACAACAUGUACAGACAAAGAAUUUCAUGAUGCAGGAAAAGGCAAUCCAGUUUACUUGGGAAUCAAGGGCAACCAUCUUUGUCUCUUCUGUGCAGAAAUUCAGGGCCAGCCUACUCUGCAGCUUAAGGAGAAAAAGAUCAUGGAUAUGUCCAAGGAGAAGAAAGCGCAGAAGCCCUUUCUCUUUUUCCAUAGUAGGGAGGGCUCCACCUCCACCUUGGAGUCUGUCUCCUACCCGGACUGGUUCAUAGCCACUUCCAAAAUGGCAAGUCAGCCUGUCAUUCUCACCAAGGAGAGGGGCAAAAAUUACACCACUAACUUCUAUUUAGAUCCUCAGGACUAAAUUCAGCCUGGGCUGUGGGUGGCUGAUUCCAGGACAGAGGAUCAAGCAGUCAGAAAAUCUUCCAUUCCAAAACACAAUAGGUCAUCUUGAGAGACCUCCAUAUACUGAUGCCCAACUGUAGUCCACCUCAUUCUCAUCACCCAAAACCACCUCUUCCUUUAGACAUCCAUUUCUGCACCAUGUUUCCCCUGAACAUCAUCCUAGUGUAAAACCCGAGUGCUUUUUAUUCUUUCCUGAUCUUGUCCCACCGUCCACUUAUCUGCCAUGUCCAGUUAAAUCAACAUCCAAAAUGCUUCCUGUACACACCUCUCUCUUCCUUUUCCUUCUGACGACCUAUGGCCUAGCGAUGUGACUUCCAAACAUUUUUGUUCAUAGAACCCUAUCAAUA